GGCUCGGGGCGGCCGCGGGGAUGCGGCGCUGAGCGCUCCGCUGUCCGUCGGUCUGUCCGUCCCUCCGCCCGUCACUCAGUCACUCACCCCGCGCGCCGAGAUCCCGCUCCCGCAGCCCAUGAUGUGCCUGGAAAGCGACGGCUCCUCCGGCAGCAGCCCGGGCUGCGGCGGGCGGCUGCGAGCCGGCGACGAGGAGGAGGAGGAGGACGGCGAGCGGGGCUGCUGCGGCCGGGGCGCGGAGGGCGAGGUGCAGACCCUGUCGGGCAGGAUGAACCCGCCGGCGGGCGGCAAGCACCCCGACCGCCCCGCCGCCCUCCGCAAGGCGCCGAGCCUCGGCCGGGCCCGGGUGGCGGCCGCCGGCAUCCUCAGCGUGGGCAACGUGCUCAACUACCUGGACCGGUACACGGUGGCAGGUGUGUUACUGGACAUCCAGCAGCACUUUGGAGUCAAGGACAGCGGGGCUGGUUUGUUACAGACAGUUUUCAUCUGCAGUUUCAUGGUGGCGGCCCCGAUCUUCGGUUACCUUGGUGACCGUUUCAACAGGAAGAUCAUCCUCAGCUGUGGGAUCUUCUUUUGGUCAGCUGUCACUUUCUCCAGCUCCUUCAUCACCGAACAGUAUUUCUGGCUGCUGGUGCUCUCCCGGGGUUUGGUUGGCAUCGGAGAGGCGAGUUACUCCACGAUCGCCCCAACCAUCAUCGGAGACCUGUUCACCAAAAACACGAGGACCCUCAUGCUCUCUGUCUUCUACUUUGCAAUUCCUCUGGGCAGUGGCUUGGGAUACAUCACUGGCUCCAGUGUGAAGCAGGUUGCUGGAGACUGGCACUGGGCCUUGAGGGUAUCUCCACUCCUGGGGAUGAUAACGGGGACACUCAUCUUGAUAUUUGUUCCUGCUGCUAAAAGAGGAAAUGCUGAACAACUUGGGGGGCAGCUGAAGGCUCGGACCUCGUGGCUGAGAGACAUGAAAGCACUGAUUAGAAACCGCAGCUACGUCUUCUCAUCCCUGGCCACCUCAGCCGUGUCCUUUGCCACGGGGGCGCUUGGUAUGUGGAUCCCUCUGUACCUGCACAGGGCACAGGUGGUGCAGAAGACAGCAGAGACCUGCAGCUCCCAGCCCUGCGGCACCAAAGACAGCUUGAUCUUCGGGGCCAUCACGUGCUUCACCGGCUUCCUGGGUGUCAUCACAGGGGCAGGGGCCACCAAGUGGUGCCGGCUGAAGACGCAGCGGGCAGAUCCCCUGGUGUGCGCCGUGGGGAUGCUGGGCUCUGCCAUCUUCAUCUGCCUCAUCUUCGUGGCUGCCAAGAGCAGCAUCGUGGGAGCCUAUAUUUGCAUUUUUAUCGGAGAAACUCUUCUGUUUUCAAACUGGGCUAUCACAGCAGACAUUCUAAUGUACGUGGUGAUCCCAACCCGCCGGGCGACCGCAGUGGCCUUGCAGAGUUUCACUUCACACCUCCUGGGAGACGCUGGCAGUCCUUAUCUCAUUGGAUUUAUCUCAGACCUGAUUCGACAAAGCACAAAGGAGUCCCCGGUGUGGGAGUUCCUCAGCCUGGGUUACGCCCUCAUGCUCUGCCCCUUCGUCGUCGUCCUGGGAGGGAUGUUCUUCCUGGCCACGGCCCUGUUCUUCCUCAGUGACCGAGCCAAAGCUGAACAACAGGUGAACCAACUCGUGAUGCCACCAGCCUCUGUCAAGGUCUGAGACGGUGCUGCUGAAGGAAAGGACACGUGGACUCUGCUCCCACCACACCAACCUCAAGCUCGAAGCCCUUCCGUGCUGGAUCCCAGUGGAUCCUCCAGCUCCACUCCAGCCCGAGGGGUUCUCCAGCACCAAACCCAGCCCAGCCUGGGGGGUGGGACAG